AUGCGAGAUCUAUCUCAUCAGCAGAUGAUCGAAGCUGAACGACGAAAAGUUUCUAUGAAUACUUCACUUCAAAAUCGUAUUAUCAUUAAUAUAAGUGGAGUUCGUUUUGAGACAUUCAAAUCUACUUUUGAAGUCUAUCCAAAUACGUUGUUAGGCAAUGAAAAACGACGUAAAUAUUAUUAUGAUACUGUGCUUGAUGAAUAUUUCUUUGAUCGUCAUCGAGGAUGUUUUGAAGCUAUUCUCUAUUAUUAUCAAUCAAAAGGUCGAUUACGUCGACCCAAUUCAGUACCACUUGAUACAUUUCUUGAAGAAGUCACUUUUUUUGAUUUGGGUCAAGAUGCUCUUGCUCAAGUAUGCAAAGAUGAAAAUUUGAAAGAGGUUGAAAAACCUCAAUUACCUCGGAAUCGUUGCCGUCGAUAUAUUUGGGCCACCAUAGAAUAUCCAGAAUUUUCAUUCAUUGCCAAACUGUUUAAUAUUCUUUUGUUAAUUAUUAUUCUUAUCUCUACAAUUACCUUAGCAAUUGAAUCAUUACCACAAUAUUCACAUUUAUCAGAAGAUGCAUGUACAAAAGAAUAUAAGCACCGUAAAAUUGGAAAGAGCAAUUACUCGAUGAAUUUUAGCGAACAUAUUUGUCUUUCCUAUUUUUCAUCACCAUUUCAUCGAAUUCAGAUAAUUUGUAUUGGAUUUUUUACUCUUGAGUUGAUUCUACGUCUAAUCAGUACACCAUCAUUAUCUAAGCAUUUCAAGAGUUUUAUGAAUUGGAUUGAUAUAAUUGCUGUCGUUCCAUUCUAUGUCAACAUUAUCAUUAAUCUUGUUGAUCAAUUACACUAUCAAAAUGUUACCAUUUAUAGUAGUCUUGCAUUGUUACGUGUUCUUCGAUGUGUUCGUAUAUUUAAAUUUUAUCGAGUUUUUAAAAAUAUCAAAACCAUUCGUGUUCUUGCCGUGACAGUGAAAGAAUCAAUGCCUGAUUUUCUUGUUUUGGCAGUUACAUUGACGCUUAUAGCAUUUCUCUUUGGUGCAGCUAUCUAUCUCAUCGAGAAUACAAAUGAUAGUUCGGCUUUUGAUUCGAUACCUAAAGCUACCUAUUGGGGUGUUAUAACAAUCACUAGUGUCGGCUAUGGUGAUAUAGUGCCAGUCACAGCUCUCGGACGUCUGAUUGCUGCUUUAUGUGCCUUGAGUGGUGUGGGCACUAUUGCUAUGCUUGUUUCAGUUCUAGUCGAUCGAUAUCAACGAGUAUAUACAAAGUGCAAAGCUCGUGAAUGUCUCGAAACAAAUGAUCCAGUGGCAAGUCUUAUUGAACGUGCAUAUUGA